AUGACAGUAGGAGGAGUUGGUAGUUAUAAUUGGACUGUUCAAAGUGCAAAUGCAGCAGCAACAUCAACUAUAGCAAAGAUAAAGUCAAAAGACUUUAAAGAUAGAAUGACGGGUUAUGAAGAGAUGUUGCACAUGUUUAUGACGUUGCCCGAUACCAACGCUCCCGAGUUUUCUCGUCUAUCACCUGCCUUUGAAAAGAUCCUCUUGCCCGAUCCGAUGGCAACCAACAAGGAAAAAGGACUUCAAGUGUUAUUAGUAUUCCUAGAUAGAGCUUCAUUCCUUCAAAAUCCUUCAACUCCUCAACAAUACUUUAUUGAUUUAUGUAAUGGUAUAAUUGAAAAUGGAUUAUCAGGUAGAGAUACUAUAAAAGCAAAGGCUAUAGAUUGUAUAUUAAUGAUUGUUGAAAUCAUAGGUCCCGAUAUUAUUUUGCCUGUAAUAUUAUCAAGUUGUUCACAUAAAGUAUACAAGAUUGCAACGUAUUCAGUGUUUACAAUCAAAGAGAUUGUUAGACAAUUUGGAACGUCGAUAUUGAGUAGUGCACAAAUCGAUGCCAUCCAGGUGCAACUGUCAUUGGCAUUUGAGUAUCAAAUCAAAGAGGUUAGGGCUGAAGCGUUGACUUUGGCAACCGAGUUGUAUGCAUGGCUUGGUGAUACAGUACUCAGUCACCUCAAAUCAUUGCGUCCAGCUCAACUUAAAGAACUAGAGACUGCAAUUCAACAAAUCAACAAAAAUGUAGCUCCAACACCUUUGAGAACUAUUAGAAAUAAUAGACCUAAAUCUGGAUCCAAUGGUACUAGUACGAAUACUGGAUCACCUGCAGUACCAACAAUGAGUUUUUCACCUCAAUCUCCAAAUUCACCAACUCUUGCUUCUCAAACCAACACUACAACUGUAUCACCACCACCACCAUCUCAACCAUUACAACCAUCACAACCAUCACCAAAUGGAAAGAAAUCAUCUGGUAUACCAUUACCACCAUCUGGAUUAAAUCCAAAUCAACAAAUACAAUCAAACAUUGCAACAACCAUGUCAUCAUCUCCAACUUCAUCGACAUCAUCCAAUUCCUCAUUGUCAUCACUCAAUGAUAGUAUGCAAAUUAAAUUGAGUGAUUUCUAUAAAAUGUCAGAGGAAUCGAGUUGGAGUGCCAGAAAACAUGCAAUUACCGAUGUAUUUAUACCAUUAAUAUCACACGACAAGAUGUCAUUGUUGGGAGACAAAGACUAUGCCAAAAUAUCAUCCACCUUGGCCAAACUCCUAGGUGAUAACAACUUGUUUGUAGUCCUAACUUGUAUCAAUGCUCUCGAACUUUUGGUUAAAAAAUUAUCAAAAGAUAUUUUCUUUAAUCAUAUUAUUGUAUUAGUACCAAUUAUGUUGGAUAGUUUUAAAGAAAAAAGACCACAAUUAUGUGAUUCAAUUCAUGCCUGCUUAAAUACUAUAAUGGAUAAACAAUUACAAAUCAAUGAUGUCAUGGACUUUAUAUUAGAGAUUUUACUAAAUAGUAAAGUGUCCAAACUAAGAUAUGAAAUUUUGUUUUGGUUUAAAAGAUUGAUUUUAAAUUCUAAUCAAAUGUUGUAUAAAAAUGAAUUACCAAUUAUUAUUAAUGCUUUAUUUAUGAUUUUAAUUGAUGAACCACCAAAAGAAAAUAGAGAUAUCUGUCUUGUAAAUAUAUGUACAAUUUAUUUAAUUUUUGGAGAACAAGAGGUUAUACCAUUAUUGGAACAAUCAGGUUGUGAUGAAGCAACAUUAAACAUUAUCAAGGAAGGGACAAAAGAUAUAGUUUUCCCUUCUCAUUGGUCAAGAUCUAAAAAGGAAGGUUCACCACUUCAAUUUUCUCCAAAUUCAACAUUUAAAUCUAAAAUACCAAGUCCUAUUACUCCAAAUAACAACAACAAUAACAACAAUAACAAUAACAACAAUAACAACAAAACAAAUGGGAUUUCUCCUACUACAUCUGACAAGACCUAUUUAAAUAUUUCACAAUAUAGAAAUGCAAGAGCAUCUUCUAUAGUAUCAAAUAAUAAUAAUAAUAAUUUGAAUUUGGUAACAGGAGAUUCAAACAAAUUAUUAAAAGAUUUACAAUCAGAGAUUGAUCUAUUUACACAAAAGAUGAAUAUAAAGAUAAAAACACUUACCAAGACUGUUCAAGAGGAAAAUGAAAAGGAACAGGCAAAGGUAAAGGCCAACAACAAUAAUAAUAAUAAUAAUAACGCACCAAAUCAAAUUGCCAUCCCACAACAACAGGAUAAUAAUCAACACAAUACAACUCAAGAUACCAAGUUUUUUGAAACCUUGAAUAUGGAACUUUCCAAAGAAUUACAAAUGGAAAAAUCUAAAAACAAGGACCUAUUACAAAAAUUAAAUGAAAUGGAAUCAAUCAUAUUUGAUAUUCAAACAGAGAAUAAUGAAUUUAAAGAACAAUCAAAAUCAAAUGUAGAGAAAUUGGAAUUUCAAAAAGAAGAGAUUGAAGAAUUGAAUGAAAUGUUGUUUAGUGAGGAACAAAUGAGAGAAGAGCUGAUGGAUGAAAUUGAUAGACUUAAAGGCAGCACUAUUACAGUGGGUUCCAUCUCUGACCCCAAUCGAUUCCUUGUUGAAGUGCCAAAGCACCUCAUUGAAACUUUACCACUUGAUGAAUUGGAAUUAUUCGAAGAAGUAUAUAUGGAGAAUCUUCGUAUCAUUCGAGAAGCAAAGAAACUUCAUCAAUAA